CCCUGCUCUCUUCCAGUAGUUCUCCACCCACCAACCGCCAGAGAGGACGCAGCGAGUCAACGCGGGUUUCCGACCUAAACAUAUGGCAAAAAUAGCCUCCUUUCUUUCUUUUAACGUUGGGCCCACUACUCUUUAAAAAUUCCGCCGAAAAAGAGAAGACGAUUUUCCAAAACCUUUCGGCCGUUAUCUCACGGCUCCCCUGUCUCUGUACAGGUGUAUGAGCGCUACCCAGAGGGCCUAGGGGCGGCCCUUUACCGGGAGCACUUUGACUUCAACGCUGAGCCACCUUGGGAUCCUAGCUGAUAGCGGGACAGGUCCAUCUCCUGACUUGUCCAUUUUGUUGCAUACCGGCAGGACCCCAUUGGCUCAGUCGUGACCCCCGGACUCGUUUACUACUUUUUUUAUGAUCAUCGGCUUAUUGGAACACGGUUAAGAUGAAAGGAUUCCCUGACAAACCAAGCUACAUUAUUGAACUCCUGGAUGGAGGAGUUACUCUGGAAGACGUUAUUGAUGGACACAUCUGUGAACAGGAUAAGGUGGAGAAAAGUGCGUUUGUGGUGGGCGACCUCGGUGCCCUGAUGCGCCAGCAUACGUGCUGGCAGAGCAUGGUGCCGCAGGUGCAGCCUUACUACCCGGUUAAGUGCAACAGUAGCCCUGCAGUCAUUGAGGUGCUGGCGUCCUUGGGCCUGGGCUUUGUUUGUGCUAACAAGGCUGAGGUGAGCCUGGUUCUGGAACACGGCGUUCCCCCAGAAAACAUCAUUCUGUCGAGCGCUUUCAAGCAGCUGGCACACAUCAAGUAUGCCGCCAAGAACAGUGUACACCACCUCAUCUGUGAGAAUGAGGCGGAGCUCUCCAAGAUUGCUCGCCUGCACCCAGAGGCAAAGCUGCUGUUGCAGUUAACCACCGAGGCUCAUGCAGCAGAGACCAGCAUGCCCUUUGGUUUUUCACUGAAGAGCUGCAGACAUCUGCUGGAGAUGGCCAAGGAACGGGGGGUCCAGGUGGUGGGAGCGGCCUUCCACAUCCCCAGCUCCUGUCAGGACCCGCAGCAGGCCUACACCCGUGCUCUGUCAGACGCUCGCUGUGUAUUUGACAUGGGGCUGGAUCUGGGCUUUAACAUGCAGAUCCUGGAUAUCGGUGGUGGAUUUACUGGCUCUGAGUUUCAGCUCAAACAGGUUGAGUCUGCAGUGCGACCUCUCCUGGACGCCUACUUCCCCCAGCGAUCAGGUGUGCAGGUUCUGGCGCAGCCUGGCUGCUUCUAUGUGGCCUCUGCUUUCACCUUGGCCGUCAGUGUUAUUGGCAAACAGGUGGCGACUCGCCGCUGGGACAGCUUGUCUCAAGGUGAGAAGAAUGAGGACACAGAGUUCCUGUACUACAUGAACGAAGGUGUUUAUGGCUCAUUCAGCCACAAGCUACUGGGGAACAUCAUCACCACUCCAUUGGUGCACAAGCAUGCAUUGUGUGUUGAUGAAGCAGUGUAUCCCAGCAGUCUGUGGGGCCCGUCACUGGACCAGCUGGACCAGGUGGUGGAGCGCUGCCUUCUGCCAGAGCUCCUGGUGGGAGACUGGCUCCUCUUCUCCAACAUGGGCACCUGCGGUCUGGAGGAGUUCAGCUGUGUCUCCGCCUGCAGCCAGCUGCCUGUCUAUUACACCAUCUCCACCCCAGACUGGUAUGAAAUGCAGGAGGCGGGCGUGGCGCUGGAUAGUGCCAUGAAGAACUUCUCUGUGCUCCAGUACAGCAUGUAGCAGCACUCUGCCCCUGUCCCAUUGCACAGAUGUUCCUUCCUCUGCUUUCACCAUGUGAGAAGAGAGGUCGGCGUGGUAUUUCGGACAAGGGGCUAAAUGUGCUCAACAUUCCAGCCACCUUGGGGGGAAAAAAAAUGUGUCCUAUCAAUAAUUUCCUUCCAGAGUUUGACUUGUUUGUUUUUUGGUUGUUUUUUUUUUUCCUUUGCUUGAAGAAAUGGGAAACAGUUAGUUGUGCGAUGCCUCGAUUUAAUCCUAAAUUCACCUGGUUGAUAAUCGGAGUCCUGCUCCUCUCUGAAGGACUGAAUCUGUCGGCUAAAAGAGUGUUAGUCUAAGCUCAAAUGAUAUUAUGCAACAAAAUGGAUGACUCGUUGGAGAUGGGAGCCCAACAGGUUUGGGAAGGUUUAUUUUUGAAUCAAAGUCAGUUUACAAAUUGUAUAAUUUAAUCAGUUAAGUCAAAUUGUCUAUUAAUAAUCUGACAGUCUUGUAAACUCCAGCACAUUGUGUCUGUACAUGAUUUUUUUUUUUCUUCUUGGAUUCAGUACUUUGUGUCGAAUCUGUUUGUCGGACCCCUUUCUUUGUAUAGAAACGAUAAUUAUCUAACCUUUCGCUCAACUGCAGCUCACCUCAGUGUUUUAUUUAUUGGAAUCAAAUAUUACCAUGGCAUAUUUCAAACUCCAUCUUUGAAUGUGUUUAGUCCAGGUAAUAUGCUGUGGCCCGUCUAUCAGUGUUUUCCUGAUAACAUAUUUAUGUGGUGUUUAUUUAUUUACUUUUUUAAACGCUACAGGAUUAGAUGUGCUGUGACCUCAGUGGUUUCCCUUCAUUCAAAGGGAGCAGCAGAAUUUUUCUCAUUGCACAUCCUUUUGCUAAUGCAGAGAAACCACGCAGUAACACGUCUCCUUGUCUCUAACAGAGAAGGGGGUCAGUCUGGUUAAAGGUGCGCAAAUUUAUUUGGAUUAAAAGAACCUGAAGCAACCAGCUUUCAGAUCUACACAUUGGUGUUGUUCUUGGUCCUUCACAAAGGACGCCAAAAGCUAGCUAUUUUAGUCACAUAUGAUAUAAAAAACUCAUACCAAAAGUACAUAAAUGUCGAUCUUUAAAAUGAUAGGCAUUGAUAGUUAAACACAGGCCUCUGAUAAAUGACAUGUUCGAUCUUUCAUUGUGCCUCUUGAAAGACAUGAGGGGCACAACGCAGAGUCUCUUGUACAGCUUCAUGUUUGAUAACUUGAUAGGUAACGUGACUCAGCAAUUUAUAAGAAUCCUGCCCUUGUGUUUUACAAGUGACUAAUGUAUUAAUUGUCUAAGGCACUAAUGGACCAUAGCCUGUUUUGACUGUAAAUUGUGCUUGUUAAAGUGAUUAAUUUAAUACAUUUCUGACUGAAAACUCUUA